CUCACUGCCUCGGCCUCGCACUGUCUCAAGCAGUGCCACCUUGCUAAGCUACAUUUGGCUAGUCUUCCGAUACCCUAGUUGAGACGCACCGGCUCCCAACAUUACGGUGCUACACUGAGUGAAUUCGCUCCCUCUACAUUUUAGACGAGAGAAACAUCCAGCCAUAAGGAUUGACACGUUAACCCUAAAUUACUAAAUCACUGAAGAUUAAGAUGAUUAAGCUCUUCUCCUUAAAACAGCAGAAGAAAGACGAGGAAUCUGCUGGAGGAAAUAGAACAGGAGCCGGGGGUAAAAAAGCAAGCGCGGCCCAGCUUCGAAUACAGAAAGACAUCAACGAGCUGAACCUACCAAAGACAUGUGAGAUUGUCUUCCCUGACCAGGAUGAUCUGCUGAACUUUAAACUCAUCAUCUCACCAGAUGAGGGAUUUUACAAAGGGGGGAAGUUUGUUUUCAGCUUUAAGGUAGGACAGGGCUACCCACAUGAUCCCCCAAAGGUCAAAUGUGAAACCAUGGUGUAUCAUCCCAACAUUGACCUGGAAGGAAAUGUCUGUCUAAAUAUUUUGAGAGAGGACUGGAAGCCGGUGUUGACAAUAAACUCCAUUAUAUACGGACUACAGUAUCUGUUUCUAGAGCCAAACCCUGAAGAUCCCCUUAACAAAGAGGCUGCUGAGGUCCUGCAGACAAACCGACGGCUCUUCGAGCAGAACGUCCAGAGAUCGCUGAGGGGCGGCUACGUGGGCGCCACCUACUUCGAGCGGUGUCUGAAAUAGUCUCACCCCUGCCCUGUUUCCCCCCCACGCCAGCCGGCCGCUUUCAUCCCGAGAUGCAUUUACCGUUUACACGAGCUGAGACACUGACUGACACGCAGACUGGAGAGAUUUUGGGGCGGGAUGGGGUGGGGGAGGGUGAGGGUGAGGGAAGGAGGAUGGGGGAUUGGAGGAUGCUGAUUGUCGGAUGGUGAUUGUGGAAUGGUGGUUAUGGUAGAUGCUGUCAGUGGGCAAGGAGUGUGAGAGGUUUUUUGGAGGAUAAGGGUGUGAUUUGUUUUUUGAGAAGCAAGUCUGAACAGUCAGUGAUUGUCGUCGCUUGGAGAAUCCAGAAGCGGUAUAUGCCACUACGUUGGUGCCCAGUCUUUUUUUUAUUAUUAUUUUUUCCUUCCAUUUUUUAAAGCAAGAUUUGACACAACAUUGAUCUUAAAAAGACAUAGACAUAGUCAGACCCCCUCCCCCCUCCCAAAAAAAAAAAAAAAAGGCCACACAGACUAAAUUGCUUAUAUUGUUUACCAUGAAACCUUGUGAAGCAUCUCUGGACACCAGGAUCAUGGGAGUUCCAAUGAGAUGGAAUCCUACUGAUAUUGUACACAGACACACACUCACACAUUCAUGUACACACUGGUUCCCCUC